GGAGAUAAGGCAGGGAUCGAUUGUGUGUGUCUUGAAGACGGCGGAUGAAAUGGAGUCAGUUGUAUGGAAAUUCAUUUGGACUGCCGUUAAUGUGGCAGCAUUAGCAGUAUAUUCUGGAAGAGGGACCACAGCGCAAAGACCAUUUGCCUUUGCCAGUUACUAUGGAAACCACAUGGUUCUUCAAAAAGCACCCCAAAGAACGAUUAUCUGGGGAUAUGCUGCAAAACCAGGGGAGACAAUCACAUUGAGCAUUAGUGGUAAAGGGGAGGUGAACACAACAUCCUUUAAUGGACCUAUGGCAACAACCCCUGUGUGGUCAGUUCAACUUCCUGCAAUCGCUGCUGGUGGGCCUUACAACAUUACAGCGACAUCUAGCGAGGGCAGCAUUGGCUUAACUGAUGUGUUAUUUGGUGACGUCUGGAUAUGUUCGGGUCAGAGCAACAUGCAGUUUACAGUUUCAAUGGGUUUCAAUGCCACGGAAGAGGAGUUAGAUGCCUUUAACCAUCCCAACAUCCGGGUAUUCACAGUUGCCUUGGGAGGGUCUCCUUUUGAAGAAUAUGAUCUGUUGGGUAUCAGUGAACCUUGGUCGGUUCCUAGUCCAGAGACCAUUGGUGGUCCAGCUUGGUCGUACUUUUCGGAUGUCUGCUGGUUAUAUGGCAAGUACCUGUCUUCGCAUCUCAAAUACCCCAUCGGCCUCAUUGCGACGUCAUACGAAGGAACCCGAGUGGAGGCGUGGUCAGCUCCCAAUGUUCUCAAGCAAUGUGAUGUAUACGAUGUAAGCGACAUAAGCGAUGACGCUGGUGAUGUUUCUGGUGUAAAUCCAAAUGCUGCUUCUGUUCUGUGGAAUGCCAUGAUGCGACCUUUUCUCAACAUGACCAUAUAUGGAGUCAUAUGGUAUCAAGGCGAGUCUAAUGACAAACCACCUUCAUCAAUGAACCGGUACAACUGUACGUUCCCCGCCAUGAUUGAUGACUGGAGAGAUAGAUUCCACCACGGUUCCGUUGGUCAAACUAACCCGCUUUUUCCCUUUGGAUUUGUACAGCUUGCUCCAUGGCGAGACAAUGACGUCACUACGACCGGCUUCACAGACAUUCGGUGGCACCAGACAGCUGACUAUGGCUACGUCCCUAACGCCAGGAUGAAGAAUACCUUCAUGGCGGUGGCCAUGGACCUGCCCGACUUCUCGUCUCCUUGGCAAAGUAUCCAUCCCCGGGACAAGCAGGAUGUGUCUAUGCGUCUGUGUACAGCAGGACUUGCUGUGGCUUACAACCAAACUCACUUCUCUACACUCAAUGGCCCCUACCCGUCUCAUUUUACAAUCUUGGCGCAAGAAGAAACCGUGCAGAUUACUUAUGACAAAGUUCUGGAAAUUAGAUCGAAAUCAGGCUUUGAGGUGACAUGUGUUAAAUCCAACAGUUCAUCACGACCAGAUGAUAAUUCAGUAUGGUUCCCAAUGCCUAUUACUUCACACGACAACACAUCAGUGACCCUCAACUACAGCCAACUAUGUCUGCGAUCUAGAGACAGGGUGGUGUCUGCAAUACGGUACGCCUGGAGAGAGUCGCCCUGCCCCUUCAAACAGUGUGCUGUCUACAACAAGGACAGUGGAUACCCAGGGCCACCUUUCAUUCGACAUGUUAAGCAAUAAGAUGUUAAAUAUUGAAAUUAUGAAAUAAAUUGCGUGCAAAAUAA